CACCCCCUCCCCGCCGGCUCCCGCCGCUCCCGGCGCUCGGAGCCGGGGCCUGGGAACUCGAGAUCCCGCCGCCCGGGCCGCAGCAUGGGGCGCUUCCGAGGGGGCCUGCGGUGCAUCAAGUACCUGCUGCUCGGCUUCAACCUGCUCUUCUGGCUGGCAGGGUCGGCUGUCAUUGCUUUUGGACUGUGGUUUCGGUUUGGAGGCACCAUGAAGGAUUUUUCUUCGGAGGACAAGUCCCCAGAGUACUUCUACAUGGGGCUCUACGUGCUGGUUGGAGCAGGGGUCCUGAUGAUGGCUGUGGGCUUCUUCGGGUGCUGCGGAGCCACACGGGAGUCACAGUGUGUUCUCGGAUCUUUUUUCACCUGCCUACUAGUGAUAUUUGCUGCUGAAGUAACCACUGGAGUAUUUGCUUUUAUAGGCAAGGGUGUAGCUAUACGACAUGUUCAGACCAUGUAUGAAGAGGCUUAUAAUGAUUACAUUAGAGACAGGGAGAAGGGAAAUGGGACUCUCAUUACCUUCCACUCAGCGUUUCAGUGCUGUGGAAAAGAAAGCUCUGAACAGGUCCAACCCACCUGCCCAAAGGAACUCCUAGGACACAAGAACUGCAUUGAUGAAAUUGAGACCAUAAUCAGUGUUAAGCUCCAGCUCGUCGGAAUUGUCGGUAUUGGAAUUGCAGGUCUCACGAUCUUUGGCAUGAUAUUCAGCAUGGUCCUCUGCUGUGCAAUAAGAAAUUCACAAGAUGUGAUAUGAAGCUACUUCUACGUGAAAAUUGCAAUUUAGAGCAUACAAAUGUCACAGGAGCUGUCUCCUGACUCAUUUUUAAUAAUCAAAGGACAUUAGGAUCUAAAAUAAUUUGCUGUCAAUUGUACAUUUGCACAUGUAUGUAUGUUUGGCUAAUUACUGGCAUAGCCCUUGAGUGAACGCCUGUGUAUGUUAACUGAGAGCAUAUUAAUGUGUGAGCUGUGUGUUUCUGGUAUAUGCAUUAUAAAUAAUGAACUCUAUUUGCUGGGAAUUCCUGAUUCUUAUUAUGUGAGAGGAACAACUUAUUUAACUCUCAGAAAAAGAUCAAAAACCUUUGAUAAACUUUUAAAACUUGGCUAUUUAGAAAAAAAUGAUAGUGCAUCAGUUUCUCAGAUUCUGGCCAUAGGAAGUUAGAUACAGAGAAUACAGGGAUUUCUAGUUAACAGAAGCAACAAGCUACAAAAAUCGAAAGAUCAUGGUGCAGUGUUAAAAGUGACUGUGUUUGGAUUAGGUGCAAGGGUUUCCUGGGAUUUUUUAUAUACAUACUCUCCCAAGAAUUUAGACCUACGCACAUCUACAAAACUAAAUAUAGCAUGGAAAAUCUAAUUUGAAUAAGUCAUACUUUCCUAGUAUUUAAAAACAAAAACCUCGCUCUGGAAAGAGUGUCACACAGACAAUCAUGUGCCCUAUAAAACUGAGUGUUUUUAGGACUAAAAAACAAAAAGAACUUUUAACAACUUUUUAAGGAAAUAUUUUUGUUCUUUAUAUAAAGACUUUUAAAUAUUGCUUUAUUACUUUCCUUUUCUGACUCUGCUCUUCUGAACUACUGCAACAAUCAUAUCCACAAAAGGGCUUUUAUCUCAAACUUUUCUGGUGUUUUUCCAGAUGUAAGCAUAGAAAGACUAAAGCAAGAGAUCUGGCAGUUGCAAAUUGUGGGAAAGAGAAUUUUUACUGGCACUGUAUAUUUGAAAUACCUCAUAAUUUGAGUUUACAUAUUUUACUAAUUUUUGUAUUUUUCUUAUUUAUUCUCCUAGAGAAGUCUUCUUUAUAGAUUAAGAACUACAAUUUUCACCAUUUAAAAUAUACUAUAUCAUAAGCAUUCUUGGCCAAACCAAAAUAAAGAAAAACAUCCUCUUCCAGGAGAUUUUGUGCAUACAACAGAAUCAAGCAAGGAAACAAAAAUACUUAGACACAACGGAAAUAUGUUUUUUCUGUGCAAGUUCCCUAUAAAAAUAAAAUGUUCAUGUUCUUUA